AUGAGUGAUUCCCAAAAGUGGUCGUCGUUUGACGACUCGGAGGCGUCCAAGCGUCCGAGCGUCACUGCGGAGCAAGCGGUUGAUGCACACAUUACGGAAACAAGUGAUCGAAAAAGCAGCACAGGGUUGAGCGCACUGAUGGAGCCCGCGGCGUUGCGUAACAUGCGCAAUCGCCUCAUGUUUGGGAGCCUCGUGGGCUUUGUCACUGGAGCUACAUUUGGCGGCAUUGAUGGAGCUAAGCUGUAUUUGAAGCAGCAUGGAAAGCAGCCAUCUCCUGCGGCUUUGAGUUUUGUUGCGCGUGGAGCGGCUGUAACCGGAGGAGCUUUUUCCGGUUUCUUCUUUUUGUAUUGCGGCAUCAAGACAGCGCUUGCGACGCAACGGGACGACGAUUUCAUCAGUGUCGGCAUCUCCACAGUGGCUGCAGGUCUACCCUUUACACGAUCCACGGUCAUGAAGCAGAAUUUGCCGUACGCUGUCAUGCUGGUAGCGCUCGACCAUUUUCACGAGGAGCUUAGCGAGUUUCGGAAGUAA